AUGUCAGAUUCCAACACAACCGAUUUCACCAACCCCUCCACCUUCAUCCUGCUGGGCAUUCCUGGCCUGGAGGCGGCCCACGUCUGGAUCUCCAUCCCCUUCUGCACCAUGUACGUCAUAGCCAUCUUGGGGAACUUCACCAUCCUGUUCAUUGUGAAGAUGGAGGUGAGCCUCCAUGGCCCCAUGUACUAUUUCCUCUGCUUGCUGGCUGUCACCGACCUGAUCAUGUCUACGUCCAUCCUGCCCAAAAUGCUGAGCAUCUUCUGGUUCAGUGCCAGGGAGAUCAGUUUCAGUGCCUGCCUCACCCAGCUGUAUGUCUUUCACUCCUUCUCAGUGAUAGAGUCAGGAAUCUUCGUGGCCAUGGCUUUCGAUCGCUAUGUGGCCAUUUGUAAUCCCCUGAGACAUGCAACCACACUGACAAACCGUGUGGUGGCUAAGAUCAGCCUGGCCGUGGUGCUGCGUGGCAGCAUGCUCGUAUUACCCUACCCCUUCCUGUUGAGGCAGUGGCCAUAUUGCAGAACCAACAUCAUCCCUCAGCCAUACUGUGGCCACAUGGUCGUAUUGAAGCUGGCCUGUGCCGACAUCCGCAUCAGCAGUUACUAUGGCCUCUUUGUACUAUUCUGUGUGAUGGGUCUAGAUGUCAUUUUUAUUAUUUUGUCCUAUACUCAGAUCCUCAGGGCCAUCUUCUCCCUCCCCACAAAGGAUGCUCGUCUCAAGACUUUGGGGACCUGCAGCUCCCACCUAUUUUCCAUCUUAGUCUUUUACAUCCCAGAUCUAUUCUUCUCUCUCUUUUACCGGUUUUACCAGAAUGUGCCCCUGCAUUUCCACAUUCUCGUAGUCAAUGUGUACUACAUGAUGCCCUCCAUGCUGAACCCCAUCAUCUACGGGGUGAGGACCAAACAGAUCUGGGGGAGGGUGCUUCGGCUCUUUACUCAUAAAGGGACAUAAAGUUUUAUCCUGACUCUCUGACUGAGUCUGUGCAGAGAUGGCUGGUGACAGGUGCUGUGCCCUCUUCCCUGAAUCACUUACUGGGCAAUCAGAGAGACAUUAAACCCUUUCCUGACCUUACUGUGUACUGUCAGCUUUGGAAUCAGUCUGGGUACAAUUCAUUAACACAUAGGGUUUCCACCUUUCAGUAUUUGGUAACUGAACUCUUGAGUCUCCUGCACCCUCUCUUACUAUUCCCUCAAGGCUCUG